UAGAAAUUCCGAAUUGUGUUUGGGGCCGCUGUACCAGUGAAAACUGUCGCUACUGAGAUGGGUCUCUAUAAAAGGCGAAGUGUAUAGAUGAAGAGAUUGUGUGAGUAUGGCGGAUACAGAGGAGGUGGUGGUGUACAUCAUGCCACAGAAGAUACAGAAACAGAGACUCAAACACAUGAAAAUGGCUGCAUUAAAACAUCACAUCAUGCUGGCCGAAGAAUUAAAAGAAAAUGUCACACACAUAGUGACAGAAUAUGAGACUUCAGACCAGGCAAUGAAGGUACUGAAAUUGUCAGAAUUGCCACAAAAUACUCAUCUCCUAAAAGUCAACUGGUUCACUGACAGCAUCAAGGCCAGAGCACCAGUACAGAUCCAGGAGCAACACAGAAUUCCUGUUGGAGAUUCAGUUCAGAGGUCACAGCAGAGGUCAGAAUCACCACCACCAAAUCAUAUCCCAGAAUUCUCAUGUCAGAGGUCAACACCACUGAAACACUACAAUCAGAAGUUCUGUGAGGCACUGGAACUGCUUCAGGACUAUGCUGAGAUGAGGGAGGGAGAUGAUAAUUACAUGAGGGCCUUGGCUUGGAGACGGGCCUCCUGUGUUCUGAAAAGUCUGAAGUUUACUUUGACAAACAUCAACCAAGUUAAAGGAGCUAAAGAUAUUGGAAAACAUGUAGAAAAAGUGCUUCAGAGUAUCCUGGACCAUGGCACCAGUGAUGAAGUGGAGAAAGUAAGAAAUGAUCCAUGGUAUCAGAAAAUGAAGAUUUUUACUAAAGUAUUUGGAGCUGGUACAAAAACAGCCCAGGAGUGGAUAGAAAAUGGAUGGUCUACAAUAAAAGAGGUGCAGCAGGAAUAUACAAAGGGGGACUGGAGACUGAGGUUUGGACUGGCAUUUCAUGAUGAAUUGAUGGAGUUAGUGACUCGACAGGAGGCAGACAAUUUUACAGAAUUUAUAAAACAUGAAUCAGCCAGACUUCUGCCUGAGGUCUCUGUGGAGCUUUGUGGGGGGUUCAGAAGGGGUAAAUCUAAAGGCCAUGAUAUAGAUUUAUUAUUCACACACCCAUUAAAGGGUAAAGAACAUGGUUUUCUGCCUCAUUUGCUCUCUGUCCUUGAGGGUCGAAAGCUGAUUUUGUGUGGAAAGUGGAACAAAAGCACAUUCACAGAGGAGGCAAUGUACUCGGAUUCAAAACGCACCAAAAAUAAUCAACUGGAUCAUUUUGAAAAAUGGAUUGGAAUCAUUAAGUUUCCUAGAACCUGGAAGAGGAGUGUUUCACAAGAGGAACUCUUCAGUGAUGAAGGAGAGAAUAUACCACUUAAUGAAAGUUUCGAAGAUCUUGAACCUGCAAAAAAGAAAGCAAAGACAGGAGAUUUAUCCCCUCAAGAAAUUGCAGCACAACCUCGCAGUUGGAUUGCAAGAAGAGUUGAUUUAAUUAUAGCUCCAUAUGACCAGUAUUUCUAUUCUCUGGUUGGAUGGACAGGCAGUAAACAAUUCAAUAGAGAUAUCAGGACGUACGCCAAGAGAACUCAUAAUUACGCAAUGACUAGUCAUGGGCUUUAUGAUUUAACAAAGAGAACAUCAUUACCAGCCAAAUCAGAGAAGGGGGUGUUUGAUUUACUGGGUGUUCCAUACUUCCCACCACAAGAAAGGAACUGUUAACUUAAGGGUGUGUUUGAUUUACUGGGUGUUCCAUACUUCCUGCCACAAGAAAGGAACUGUUAACUUAAGGGUAUGUUUGAUUUAUUGGGUGUUCCAUACUUCCCACCACAAGAAAGGAAAUUUUAAAUUAAGGGUAUGUUUGAUUUAUUGGGUGUUCCAUACUUCCCACCACAAGAAAGGAACUUAAAUUAAGGGUAUGUUUGAUUUAUUGGGUGUUCCAUACUUCCCACCACAAGAAAGGAACGUUUAACUUAAGGGUGUGUUUGAUUUAUUGGGUGGUCUAUACUUCCUGCCACAAGAAAGGAACUGUUAACCUCUUUUGACUACCCAGUGUAAAAGUAAAACUGUUUAUUCCCUCAAAAGGGAUGAAUAUUGGGGUUUUGUAAGAGGUCCACCAGAGAGCAUGAACUUUUAAA